AUGGCAUUCAAGUUUGUCGUAUUCAGCUGCCUGGUCGCUGCCGCCAGCGCCGGCAUCAUCCCUGCCGCCGCUCCCAUUGCGUACUCGUCUCCCGUCGCUUAUGCCGCGCCUGUAGCCAAAUACGCUGCCCCCGUGGCCUAUGCCGCUGCUCCAGUUACCAAAGUCGUCCAAGCUGAAGCUUACGACUCCCACCCACAAUACACAUUCGCAUAUGAUGUACAGGACGGACACACCGGAGACUCCAAGACACAGCACGAAACUCGCGAAGGUGAUGUUGUUAAGGGUUCCUACUCCGUUGUUGACCCUGAUGGCACAAAGCGCACCGUCGAGUAUACCGCUGAUCCCCACAACGGUUUCAAUGCUGUCGUGCACAGGGAACCUCUCGCCGUGAAGGUUGCCGCACCCGUCGCCUAUGCCGCCCCCGUUGCCAAGGUUGCUUAUGCUGCACCCGUAGCCAAAGUUGCCUACUCAGCCCCCGUCGCGUAUGCCGCACCCGUAGCUAAAAUCGCAGCCCCUGUGACUUAUGCCGCUGCCCCUGUUGUACAUUCCGCUCCUGUUGCCUACUCAGCCCCAAUCUAUCACCAUUAA